AUGGGUUGGUUCGACGGCAGGUCUUCCUCAGGCUCCCAUUAUGUCGUGCGUCGACGCUCUCCAUCCCGCCGUUCCACUUCCGGCAUCUACUCGUCGCACCAUUCGCGCCAUUCUGCGCCUUCAAUUUUCAGUAUUGGCGGUCUAGGUAGUUAUAACCACCGCAACAGAUCGACUGGGUCAUUCUUUUCGUCGUCUUCGUCCAGACGUGCUCGACCGCGCUCCGGUUUCAUUCAGCGAUUGAUCCAAUCGAUCAAGCGCCUCUUUCGUGACAUCUAUCACUACGCCCGCCGGAACCCCAUCAAGGUGUUUCUGCUUGUCAUUGUCCCACUCUUGACGAGCGGCGUUCUGGCAAAGCUUCUUGGCCUCGUUGGCAUUCGGGUCCCGAGCAGUCUUGCCGGCCCUCCUCGCGGUGCAUAUGGCGGAAACUCUCCCGGUCUGGGCGACAGCGUGAAUAGCUUGAUGAACAUCGCAAAGAUCAAAUUAUAUCAGUUCAACGACAAACACUAUCAUGAAGACUUCGGUAUCAGAUCAGUAAGGUUCGAUUUCCGAGUAAAUCAAUCAAACGCAGUGCCAGUUGCUGCCAUCUGGAGAAUUCACAAUCUCACUUCAACGGCCCAAGAAGAACAAGAGCGUAUCUGAGCAUAUAGAAUCAAUGCUGAUUCAGAGACCGUGAAGAGAGUCCAAAAGAUACUAGUUAUAUACUUACUGUACAUAGACCACACCCUUCUCCACCGCCUCGCUCUCCAGUUCAAACUAAACUAAUACAUCACACAGUACCUAAUGCACCAACCUCUCCCCAAAGCCACUAAUAAAAAGAGAGAAAGCAAAAAAAGCCUCCUCUACGAAUCUUACUCCUCAUACUAUUACUCACUAACAAAUAGUUCGUCGUAUCGGAUAAUCCACGCCGUGUUAAUAUUGCCCGGAACUAUUAUUCGUGGGGUUCCACUCCUGCAAAGCAGAUCAGACCACGUCAGACGUACACGCGAGAAUCUAAGUAGAAGAUCCGUGCGGGCUGGGAAGGGGGUUUGGG